AUGGCCGCAAGUUCAGACGACAGCCAAACCUUGGACCUCGUCGACAUUGCCCUGCUGUUGACCUACGAGCGGAGCUCCACCGAUCCCAGGUUCCGAGGCUCCAAGCUGCACGAGGUCAUCUUGCCUGGCCAGGCGUCAACCCAAGUCCCCUUGCCCGUCAAGGUCGAGGACAACGAGACCUUCAUAGCUUUUGACGCCGAGCCGCCAGGGCAUGUGAAUAGCACAACAGAGCCUGAUACCCCCCUCAACAUCCUCCCAGCGGGCGGUCUCGCCCCGAACAACCCACUGAGCUUCUCCACCCCCAAACAGCUCGAGACAUACUUCCACCGAUCGCGCUGCCACGACACGUGCUUCACCUGCGUGACGCUGCUGCAGUAUUUCUUCCAGAGCUUCCCGCCCUCCACUCCGCUGCGCAUCCGGCAUGGGCCGCAGCCGUCGGGGAACAAGAAUGCGGCCCCCUCGUACACCACGACUAUCAACACCUUCCGCAUCGUUGAGCAGACACUCAUCAAGCCUCGCAUGCAAACCACCAUAGUCAAGAUGUCUCAGGACACGGGCUACCGGAGUGGGGAUGAAGAUCGCAUGGUGCAUGCUGUCGCGAGGUUUAACCCGUCCAAGGAAGACCCAGCCGCAAAGGAGGAAAAUGUCACGGAGUCCUUCCUGGACCUGAGCAGCAUGCAGUUCGGAGACGUUGGCCGGGGCCCGGGGAAGAAGGGCCAGGGGCUUUUUGCUUUGGACACGGCAUCCGAGUUUCGCGGGCGCAUGGGCUCCGUGUGCCGCGGGAUCAUCCCGGAGUCGGUCCAGGUCUCACACGGCGUGAGCCCUCAUCCUACCAUGGACGGCUGGCUGAGGGAGGUCGCGGCAAGGGCCAAGAAGAGGUGGGAGGCGGCAGCCAGGGAAAAGUGGUGCGGGCAUUGUGGGGCGCCGGUCAGAGAUGACAGCAAAUGCGCUGGGUUUGGCAAGGAAAAGAUAUUGUGA